GUACUACUGCAACCUUCUUGCGAGCCACAUAUUAAUCCAAUAACUAACGUUUUACCCACAAGAAGACACACAGUACCAUCUCUCUCUCUCUCUCUCUCUGAACGGCUGUCACUAACGUUAUUGCCAAAUACUGCACUUUGGUUUUGUAAUAAAUUUCCUUUGGCUCACUUGGUUGGUGGGAGAAAUCAAUAGUGAUUGAAAAUGGCCUUGAAUUUGCUAUCCCCUGCUGAUAUUAAGUCCAUCUCUUUCUUGGAUACCUCUAAGUCCAGCUUCAAUCUUAAUCAUCUCAAGUACCAAGGUGGGCUGUCUAUGAAAAGAAAGGAGUGCAGUGGGACAUUUGCUAAGAGGGUUCAGUGUUCAGCUUCAGAACAGCCACCUCCAGCCUGGCCUGGAAGAGCUGUUGCUGAGCCAGGCAGGCAGAGUUGGGAUGGUCCAAAGCCUAUCUCUAUUGUUGGGUCAACUGGCUCUAUAGGAACUCAGACAUUAGAUAUAGUUGCUGAGAAUCCAGACAAGUUUAGAGUUGUUGCACUUGCUGCUGGUUCAAAUGUGACUCUUCUUGCUGAUCAGGUCAAAACAUUCAGACCAAAACUAGUUGCUGUUAGAAAUGAGUCAUUGGUUGAGGAACUCAAAGAUGCUCUUGCUGAUAUGGAAGACAAGCCUGAGAUUAUACCUGGGGAGCAGGGUGUCAUCGAGGUUGCCCGCCAUCCGGAUGCUGUCACCGUAGUUACAGGAAUAGUUGGCUGUGCAGGUUUAAAGCCUACAGUGGCUGCCAUAGAAGCAGGAAAGGACAUUGCUUUGGCCAAUAAAGAGACUCUAAUUGCUGGUGGUCCAUUUGUCCUUCCUCUUGCACACAAGCAUAAAGUGAAGAUUCUUCCAGCGGACUCAGAACAUUCAGCUAUAUUCCAGUGCAUACAAGGCUUGCCAGAGGGUGCUCUUAGGCGCAUCAUAUUAACUGCUUCUGGAGGGGCUUUCAGGGACUGGCCAGUUGAGAAAUUGAAAGAAGUUAAAGUAGCUGAUGCUUUGAAGCAUCCCAAUUGGAACAUGGGAAAAAAGAUUACUGUUGAUUCUGCCACUUUAUUUAAUAAGGGUCUCGAAGUUAUUGAAGCUCACUACCUUUUCGGAGCCGAGUAUGACAACAUUGAAAUUGUCAUCCACCCCCAAUCCAUCAUACAUUCGAUGGUGGAAACACAGGAUUCAUCAGUAUUGGCACAGCUGGGGUGGCCUGAUAUGCGCUUGCCCAUCCUUUAUACUUUAUCCUGGCCGGACAGAAUUUAUUGUUCGGAGAUUACUUGGCCUCGCCUUGAUCUUUGCAAGCUCGGAUCAUUGACAUUUAAAGCCCCUGAUAAUGUAAAAUACCCAUCCAUGGAUCUGGCCUACUCUGCCGGGCGCGCUGGAGGGACCAUGACUGGAGUUCUGAGUGCAGCAAAUGAGAAGGCAGUGGAAUUAUUUAUUAGUGAGAGAAUUAGCUACUUGGACAUAUUCAAGAUUGUGGAGCUAACCUGUGCGAAGCAUCAGGAGGAGUUGGUAUCUUCUCCAUCACUGGAGGAAAUUAUACAUUACGACUUGUGGGCUCGAGACUAUGCAUCCAGUUUGGAAACAUCAUCUGGUUUGAGUCCAGCUCUUGUAUGAUUUGGUUUUUGGUGAGCAUGUUGAGAUGAACGUGUUUACCCAGUAAAAGGAAUUUGUAUAGGGUGGUGCAAUAUGCAAAUGUGUACCGUAGUGAAUGUAAUAUGAUUAGGUUACAUGUACUACAUCAGGCAACUCACCCUUUUGAGUAAAUUCCUUUUAUACAUGCAAUUCAAUCUAUUUCUUUCUUGGA